AUGGCUUCUCCUCAACAGCCCGCUGCUCCCAUCAGCCCCAACCUUUUGUCCGAGCAAAAGAAAUCCACUUUUGUCUUUGACUUUCUUAUGGGUGGUGUCUCUGCUGCUAUCUCUAAGACUGCUGCCGCCCCCAUUGAGCGUGUCAAACUAUUGAUUCAAAACCAAGAUGAGAUGAUCCGCGCUGGCCGUCUUUCUCACCGUUAUACCGGUAUUGGUGAAUGUUUCAGACGUACUGUAGCCGACGAGGGUGUUGUUUCUCUCUGGAGAGGUAACACUGCUAACGUUUUGCGUUACUUCCCUACUCAAGCUUUGAACUUUGCUUUCAAGGAUAAGUUCAAGGCCAUGUUUGGUUACAAGAAGGACAGAGAUGGCUAUGCCAAGUGGAUUUUUGGUAACUUGGCCUCUGGUGGUGCUGCUGGUGCCACUUCUCUUUUGUUUGUCUACUCUUUGGAUUAUGCCCGUACUCGUUUAGCUAAUGACGCCAAGUCUGCCAAGAAGGGUGGUGAGCGUCAAUUCAACGGUUUGAUUGAUGUCUACCGUAAGACUGUCGCUAGUGAUGGUCUCCGCGGUUUGUACCGUGGUUUCGGUCCUUCCGUUGCUGGUAUCAUUGUUUACCGUGGUUUGUACUUUGGUAUGUACGAUACCUUGAAGCCCAUUGUCUUGGUUGGUCCUUUGGAAGGUAACAUCUUGACCUCUUUCUUGCUCGGUUGGUGUGUCACCAUUGGCUCCGGUAUUGCUUCUUACCCCUUGGAUACCAUCCGUCGUCGUAUGAUGAUGACCUCUGGUGAAGCCGUCAAGUACAGUUCUUCCUUGCAAUGCUUCCGUCAAAUCGUCGCCAAGGAAGGUACUCGCUCUUUGUUCAGAGGUGCUGGUGCUAACAUUCUCCGUGGUGUUGCUGCUGCUGGUGUCCUUUCCAUCUACGAUCAAGCUCAACUUUUGAUUGCUGGCAAGAAGCUUUAA